AUGAUUGAAUGAAAUUUAGAUCUCUGCCAUCGUUAUAAGUCCGACAUUCUAGUUUCAAAUAAAAAAUUGAUGGCAUCUAUUAAGUUGAAUGGCCCGAAGAAGAAGUCUGAAAAAAUAUUCAAACAAAAACCAAAGCCGAAAAAUUACACGAAAGCCCCUCAGCCUCCACAAAAAUUUGACCCAGAAGACCAAGAGCUUUUUCAAAGCUACCAGGACAUAAUCAAGAGGAUGUUUGAAAUUAGCUUAAGUGGGUCUGAGCAAGAGCUGCUGAAACGGGAGUCCUUAUUUAAAGAAACCCAAAUUCCGAAGACGAAGCUAGUUAUUACAGACGACCCAGAAAAAAUUACAUCCCUCUGGACAUCCAUCCAAGGCUUGGUCCAUCGAGCUGUAAAUAUAGAGAAGACCAGCCAACAAGCGAAGAAAUCCAAAAAUUCGAUGCAUAUCAGGGUGAGAUCUGGGCUCAUCAACUGUCUUCAAAUCAUCUAUAAAAAGCAUGGGAAAUGGCUUCGAGAAUACAUCGGCGCGAUAAUUCCUUCUGAUGUCCGAGGGAAUGUGUGUGACAGCAUAUCAGCACAAACGCCGUUGAUAUUCAUGAUGCUAAAUGACUCGAGUAAUGAGAUUCGCUCCUUAGCAGCCACAACUCUAGCAGUGCUUCUAGAAGAAUCAACUGAGUAUGAAGCUCUUGAAUCUCUAGAUAUAUCUGGCAGAGUUUUUAAUUCAAAAUUCCACGAACUUGCAGGAAUUUUAGACAACUUGCACGAAAUUUUCAAUUUUGUGCUCAGAUCACAGCUUGCUCCUGAAGUUUUAGUAGCUGUCCUUAGAGCGACUGCUGCCUUAAUUUCCAAAACUCCUUACUCAGUCUUUUCUCCUUCUCAUCUACUAAAGAUUGCUGAAUCCGUCAUGAUUCACCUUGGUGCUUUCAAUCCUGACAUCAGGCUUGCCGUUAUAAAAUGCUUGCUCCUCCUUUUCAAUUGGAUCAAAAAUGCUUUCCAUAUUCGAAGGAGCUAAUCUUUUGGCAUUAACCUUUUCUCAUAAUAAAAAAAUUUACAUAAAAUCUUUAAUUUUAAUAAAAAUAAUUUAUAAAAUUUAUUGAUUUAAGCCCUGUUUUGUUUAAAUAAAAUUCUAAUUGCAUUUCCCAUUAAAACAGUUGGGUAUCAGACUAUUUAUAUAUAAUUUAUCAUCUUGCCCUAUAAAAUAAAAUUUUGUUCCUAUUAAAGGGUAGCAAUGAUGAAAUUUUAUGGGUAUUUUGUUCCAAUUUAAUUGGGGAGUUAAAAAAUGUCUUUAAAGAGCGAUCAGAAAAAAUAAAGCACAUUUUGACCUACGAUUUUGUAUACCAUGUCCUUGGAAGUCAAGAUUUGGUCGAAGAAAGACUUGAGUUGUUUACUAAUUUAGUUAAAAACUAUCCAGAAGAAAUGGAUGGGUUUAAAAGCUGGAUACAAGAGAAGCUUAGUAGCAUAAUGAUGGGAGAUAAUUUAUUACUACAGAAAACUGCAUUCGAGAUUACAGACGAAUAUAUAAGGGUUAAGCCAAACUGCUGUAUGGUUGAGGUCAUUGCCAGGGUUGCUUUAGUUUUGACGAAAAAGCAGCCUGUAGAUACUCUAGCGCCUUGCUUAAAUACUUUAAGCUUGCUUCCAGAUAUAAAAGUUUUGACUCAAGCUGAAGUUAAAGAACUUAUAUAUUAAUUAAAAUGAAUAAAAUUUCGAAUUAUUUACUAAUAAUUCUAAUUUUUACAAAUAUUAGCGCUUUUUAAAUAUAUAAUAGGUUUAAUGAAUUAAAAACUUAUAGAAUUUUUAAAAAAGUUUGACUUUUCAGGCAACUCCUCUUCCCUUCUAAAAAGCAUUAUUAUGAAACUUUUCGGAACUCUAGCUAAAGCCGACCUUGUCCCUGAAGACUUUUUCGACAGAGGAAUCAGUGUGAUUUCUGCUCAUCGAGAUACAAGUAACUUAAGCGUCGCUAUAAAUUCAUCGUUAGCACUAUCUUACUUCUGCUUAAAUCCGAUUAGUUUAAGCAGAAUUGAUACUAUCAUUGACAUUAUCAGAGAUAAUAGCGAAAAUCGAAGAGAAAAAGUGGUUUCUAACGCAAUCGUUUCAAUUGCUAAUCUCUUCGGCAUGUUUACUUAUGAGCAAAUCCAUAAAUAUUUUGAUGAACUAUUUGAUAUCUGCGUAAGAGGGCUAUCACAUAAAACAGCCAAAGUUGGAUGGGACGCUUGCAGAGCAUUUUUCACCUUUUUUGCAAAUGAGAGUAUGCCUCACUAUGAAAUUGCACACAAAUUGAUACCAAAUUUAAUACAAGCAGUUAAAACCCAAAAUAACUUCAAAACCAAAAUAAAUUCAUGCCAGCUUUUGAUGAAGUUUGGGAAAGAUUUGAUUGGGUAUUCAGCAGAAAUUCUGAAUUCCUUAGUUUAUUGCUUACCUCCUGUUAGUGAGGUGAGCGAAUAAAACCAUUGGAAAAAUCCAUAUUUUGGAAAAAAACCUCUCCAUGAUUGAACAAAAAAUUUUUUAUGAAAAAAAAAUUAUAUAUAAAUUAUUACUAUAAUGAAAUCUCUAUCUGGCUCUUUUGAAUUUUAAGUAAUUUACGUUUUUAAAAUAUAAGUUUGAAAAAUUCUAUUAAUUUUUGCUUCUCAAUUUUGCAAAUUGGGAUUAUACAUAGUAAUUGCCCGAGGAUGGCGCAAGAUAGCGCCAUCCUCGGGCGAUUACAAUAUAAUUUUUUUUAAAAAAAAUAACCCUCUGUAAAGCGAACAAAACUUUUUUCUCACUCACGUAGGGAGGAGGAGUUAGAAAUCGAUGGGAGAUCCAAACAUAUGGACUCCAAAACUCUUCAAUAUCAAUACGAUUUCAAGCAAGAAUCAAUUAUGUGCAUUGCACAUAUAAUUGACAUUAAUGAAGAAUUAACCCAAGAACUGAUUGAAUUUUUCAGCGAAAACUCAUUGAAUGUGUAUCAUUGGCUAAGAACUUUUGUAAUUGAUUAUGUGCAUGAAAACAAUUCAAAAGAUUCAAGUGAAUUGGAAAAUGAUAAAAGUAUUGAGAAUAUUAGAAAGUGCUGCAGAAAAUUAUGCAUGUGGGUUGAAGCAGAAUCAAGAAUUGGAGUGUCAUUUGGGCUUCUAGAGAAAUUGAAAAAGAUGGCUAGGAUUGAUGAAGAGAAGAUAAGGAAAUAUAUGGGCUAUGAGGCUGAAAAUGACUUGAUUAUUCCAUUGAAAAAUGUUUUAACCGAUAAUUAUUAG